AUGACAACUAUUGAUCAUAAACGACAUCGUUCAAUAGCAAAAACAACUGAAGAUAAUAAUACAACAAAUAUUGACAUGCAAAAUUCAAUAACAAAUCGAAUGAAAAGAAAAACAUCGUUAAUUAAUUCAGAUACUAUUCAUACAACAACGAAAAAGCUUGAUGUAGUUAAAUCAACUGAAUUCGAGCCGAGAGAUCAAAAUCCAAAUAUCGAUUCCAAUUUACAAAUAGAUGAACCAAAUUUUGAACCAGAAAAUGAUUUUGAUGAUUAUGCUGAUCGAAUUUUUAAUUAUUUGGGUGAAGCGUAUACAAAACAAACAACAUCAUUGUCACCUCAAAUAGAAGUUCAUUCUUCGUCGCAAUCUCUAGCACCAACACAAACUUCUGACAAUGAAAUAAAGCCAUUUUUAUGCGCUUUUUGUCCAUAUUUUGCUAAUAACAUUCAAGAAUUUCAAACACACAUAGCAAAACAUACAGAAAAAAAUUUUCGAUGUUCACUAUGUAAUUGCAUGUAUAAAUACAGACGAGAUUGUGUUACACAUAUGAAACGUAAACAUGCAAACACUGUAACUGGAUCAAUUUCACAGUAUAUACAAAAAAUUAAUAGUACAACAAUAACAAAUCAUCAUAGUUCAACGCAACCAUCAUCAUCAUCAAUUCCUUUGAUUGAUCCAAGUAAUUUAAAUUCAUUGGCUGAACCAAAACGAUAUGGAUGUCCAUAUUGUUCAUUAAUGACCAAAUCAACGUCAUCAAUAUAUAAGCAUCAAUCACGUAAACAUGCAACAUUUCCUAAGAUAGUUCAUAAAUAUUCAACAGAUGAUCCGAAUACACGUAGUCUUGUUGCCAUACUGAAACAAAAAUCAAUAAAAAAACCAACUCUUCAAACAAUUGAAGAUAAUCAAUGUGAUAAAUCUCAAAUUCCUGAUGAAUCUUUAAAUAGAAAAGGUUUGCAUGAUCCAUCAAACAUUUCGUCAUCAGUAUCUCUCAAUCGUCACCAUCAGACAGAACUAUUUCCAUCAGCGAAUCGUCAUCGAUGUGCAGCUUCAAAACAUAUUACUGCUCAUACUAUUCAUUCAUCAAAUGGUCGUCUAUCGAAAUUGUUUCAAUGUUGUUUAUGUGGUUAUCGUGCACGACAUCGAAGUAAUGUUGUACGACACGUUAAAAAGAUUCAUACGAUUGAUAUCAAUGAAUCAAAUCUAUCAGCAACAUUAAUUAACAACGAAGUACCAUCUCAAUCGAUAGAAAACAUUACAUCGGAAUGCAUGAAUCAGUCCGAUGAGAAUUCCGAUAAAUUAAUUAUUGAUCACGAUGAAGAAAAACCAAAUCAAAACAAUUUACAUUUAGACAAACAACCAAGAUAUUCAUUUAAUACAACAAUUCAAGCUCCUCUUAUACCAAACAAACCAAAUGACGAUGAGGAUGAUGAGGAUGAUGAGGAUGGUGAUGAUGAUCGUUCACCGAAUUCCUAUGCUGAUAUUCAUCUUUCAAUAAAUAUUUUCCUACCAAAAAAGAAGAAAUACAAUGCGUUUGAUCGUGUCAUUAGUGAUUGCAGUAAUAGUGACGAUAAUAAUCCAGAUGAUAUCUAUUCUGAUGAAGAUAUGAGUGAUGAUGAUAUAACAAAACUCCAUAUAACAUCAUCGCAUCAACAAAAUCUUUCUAGCGCAUCAUUAUAUAAACCACAUAAAUGUCGUCGAUGUUUCUAUCGAUCCAAUUGGAAGACUGAUAUGCUUCAUCAUAUUCGGCUUAAACAUCAUAUAAAUCAAGCAACAAAAUCCGAUUAUACAUCUAUGGAUUUUGAUUCAGCCUUACGAUCGUUUUCACAUUAUGAAAACACCUUUGGCAAGGUUCUUAAAAAUCGGUUAUUACUACCAAAAAUAGAUUAUACUGAUUGCACUUGGGAAGAACUGAAAUCAAAAUUAUACAUCAAUGACGAACAAAAGAAAAUCAAUCGGCAAGGUUUUCUAUCAUCAUCGUCAAUGGAACGAACACCAAUUAUUAAUAACACAUUUGCAUCUAUGAACAAUGAUGAAAAAAAAUCUAUUGAUUGUUAA